GUAUAUUUUUAAACACAGCUAAAGAUGUCUGCGACCAGGUACCGUCAGUUCUUAAAGUUGUGUGAACAGUGGCCUCGGGAUGAGACCAAGAAAGGCCGUGAUCUGGGGAUGUUUCUGCGGCAGAGAGUAGCUUCUGCCUUCCGUGAGGGUGAAAACACACAGAUCUCAGACCCAGAGAAGUGUGACCAGAUGUAUGAAAGUUUGGCCCGCAUUAACAGCAACAUAUACCGACAGCGAUUUCCUCGAGUAAGAGACACAAGCUUUACCGGCGUGACGGUGGAGGAAUGUCGCCUGAUUCUGUCAGGUAUGGACCCACAAUAUCACAUACCGGUGACCUCUCCAGGGUGUACUCGGCCUCUCACCCAAUGUCAGAUGGGAUUAGCUCCAGCCCCCAACGACCUUCGUUAGGAUAAGCAGUAUAGAUCAUGGAUGGAUGGAUUUCUGAACAUUAAGAAGCGAGAUGCUCUCAAAUGUCUGUGCCAUUUUUCAUAAAGUACAGAAUUUACUCAUGAAAAAAUCUGGACUAAUUGUCCUAUAGUUGCCACUGUUAAUUUUAAUGCAGAUCCAGGUAUAUUUUAAAAUGUGUGCACAUUUUAUUAGAAUAUACUUGAGUCAUGCAGCCAGUAGUCUGAGCUGCAGUGUGUUUCUUUACAACAUUUUUAGGGCAGAUGGUAAAAAUGUCUAUUUUCCUGAGAGACUGCAAAUGUGCCAAAACUUAGAACAUGCACAAUGUGUCAUAUUUUUACUAAACUUUUUUUCUCCUAAAAUAAAGCAAGCCUAUGGUCUUACGUCAAAAAUAACCCUAAGGAAACUUCUUCAUGAGUCACCCAUGUGCUGUGGGAAUGAUACACAUAUAUGCUAAACUGAACAGCAAUCUUUAAAAGUGUUAGC